AUGAAGCGAGCCAUGAAGCCCAAAGUUCGUGACAACACGGUCGUGCAAUUGGCUCUGGUCAUGGCCGCUGGGUUCUUCUCCAUUCCAUUUGUCGCGCACUACACCAAGACGGCGAACUUUACGGCUCAAAAGGACCCUUUGAAUUCAUCGCAGAUCCGACGCGGGGCUUAUCUGAACAGCGGCUCCCGUGACGCCGGAGCGGAUCCCGAUUGGGACCUGUCAACAGGCACGUACCAUGGUCGACGAGGACCGAGCGUCAAGCGCACGCCAUCGGAAUCCAAAGCACACGGAGACGAGUAG